CCUUUUUCACACUGAGUUUAUGCUGAAGGGCUGGUCAUGAGCGGUUGACACCUUUUCUUUGGGAAUACCAAUCAAUGCAAAUCAAAGCUGUUAUUAGGAAGUGCGAUCCUUUAAAAGAUGAGCACCGAAAGGAUGAUUUUAUUUUCAGGACACAUAUUUUUCCGUGUUGUUUCGCGGCUCUCGUUGCGUCCACAGCUUUAGUUCUCGCCUGUGGAGGGAAGAUGACUUUCUACGAUGGCAUUUACCCGUUCUACCCGCUACAAAGGAGUCCGUUCAUCUUCGACAUCAGCCUGCUGGUCGUGAUCCUGGUUUUCUCGGUUCUGGCGGUCAGUUUCCUCCUCAUUCUACCGGGAAUACGUGGCAAAUCGAGACUGUUCUGGAUGUUCAGGAUAAUCAUUAGUUUAUUUAUUGGAACUGUUUUAGUAGCACUGAAUUUUACUGGAGACUGGGCUGAAGCCAGCGUGAAGGCCAACGCCAGCUACAAAUCCUUCAGUAACGCUGUGGUGUCUGCUGAGGUGGGACUUCAUGUGGGGCUGCAUGGCAUAAACAUCACACUUAAAGGCGAACCAGUAUCACAGAUAAAUGAGACCAUUGACUACAACGAGAUCUUCAGGUGGUCGAGCAGCGUGGAUGAGCAGUACGGCGACGCGCUGGAGCGAGGUCUUCCCAACCCCAUCCUUUACAUCGCAGAGAAGUUCACUCGCAACAGCGCCUGCGGCCUCAUCUACCAGUACAGAUACUCAGGCCGCUUCGCCUCAGCCAAUCUGUGGACGGCUUUUUGCUGCUGGCUGCUGGCCAAUAUCCUCUUCUCAAUGCCUGUCAUCCUCUACGCCGGUUAUAUGAUGAUAGCCACGGCCGCUUUCAUCUUCUUCUCCAUGGCUUCCUUCUCAACUAUAUUCAAUGUGACCCCAUGUGACUUCAGUAUAGGUGCAGAGUCCUUAAGGACAGAUUACAGCCAUUCCUUCUGGAUCGCUUUGGCUACAGGUUUGCUGUGCGCUGUGAUUGGUUUGGUGGUGGUGCUACUGGACUGUCUGUUUCCUGCGAGGAUGAGGGAGGUGUUCAGUGUGGGUGUGGACAACGAGGAUGACGAAUGCCAUACUGAAGGCUACCUCAACUCAGGCUUUCUAGAGGGAGUGAUCUAUGAUGACAACACACAGACAGGGAAUGGCUCCAUGUCUCAGCAGAUCACUGCAUUAACAGUACGUUUAAAAGCACAAAUAAAUGCAUUUGCAUUUACAUUAUCAGAAUAGAAAAAAGGCUUGGUCUUUUACUCACCACGGUGUUGUUCCAAACAUGUAUGAGUUUCUUUCUUCCAUGGAACACAAAAGGAAAUGUUUUGAAACCUCUUCCAUGCAAUAAAAGCAUAUUACUAUGUACACCAAAACUGUGCCAUAAAUUGUUUUAAAAUUCACAGUUUUUGCUGUUUGAUGAUUUUUUUUCUCACUUUCUUCUUCCUUUUUUUUUACAGAGACUUUGACUGGCCGUUUGUUGUCAUCCACAACUACUACUUGAAAACUUACAGACUGAAUUGCUGGGAGCAUCUGUACAUAGAAUUGUUACUGAUCCAGCUGUUCUAUACAAACUGCAUAUUCAUAUGUAUAUAUGUACAUAACACAAAA